UUAGAUCUGGCAAAACUUGGGAUCGCUGAACCAGAUGAAUAUAACCAAACACCGGGGAAAGGUGCUAAAACAAGUAUUCUCGCUACCAGGCUCCAUUGACCGAUCCGGAAGUGCCAUAGUGGCCAUUACUCCUCCAGCUAAUGAUGCCACGAGUAAUGUUCACAGGUCGUCGUUGACCGACAUCAACGGGGUUCUCUUGCACUAUGAAGAUCUCGUUUCCGUGCUUGGCUAUUUUUCCGAAAUAAUUGGUGACUAUGCCGCCGAGAAAGGCCUCUGCAUACUGAUUGACGGAAGAAGAAUGCCUCCAAAGGCGUUGAAAAACGUACUCAGAGCAGCUCAGCAAGCAUUCUACCAUCGCAUUCGUAUGGCGAUCAUCGUUCAACCAGAGAAGUUCCUCCACCAGCAGAAGAUCAAUUUGGAUCUGAUUUUAGAGGGCUACGAGUUUCGGACAGUACUGGUUUCGUUACACAAGCUGUCCAAAUACAUCGAUAUCUCGCAAUUACCGGAGAACUUUGGUGGAACGUUCGCUUACGACGCUGAGCAGUGGUGCGACGAACGAGAGAAAAUCGAAGGAAUGAUGACUGAAUUGAACAAUCUCCAACAGGAUCUUAUCCAGUCCAAUGGUCGACUUCAAAUCAGCCCUGAUGAUGCCACGAUCUUAGCAGGCAAGCGAUUAAUGACUGAUCUCAAGAAAUCCGACAAUGUCCAUCAUAGCGUUGCUGCAAAAUCUCUAAAAAGCAAAAUUGAUGAGAUUGAGCAUCUUGCUUCUUUGCCCCAAAAAGAGGCAGAGUUGUCAAAGAUAAAUGCAGAAAACGAAGAACGAUGUCGGAUGUUAGAAGAGCACGCCGAAGGAGUGAACAGGCUCCUGGACUGGAUUGAAGGCCCUGGCGAAAAAUGGCUCCUAACAUUGCACGAAAUUGGCGAGAACAAAGAUGAGGCACGACAACUGGUGAAAGAACAUCAACAACUCGCACUUAAAAGCAAGGAAAUUGUUUCCCAAGCAGAUGAAUUGGCCGACUUGGCGUCGCGUCUAAUGGCUGCAGUGCCUGCUCAUUCGAUCACACUUGAAAAGGCUCGGGAACAAGUACGCGGAUUAGCUCGUCAGUACGCCAAUCGAGUGGAGCGACAAACAGGGAUGGCUCGUCAAAGCGAAGAGUUUCACACGAAAAUGAGCGAGCUUACACGAAAAACGGACGUCUUGCUGGAAUCGCUUUGCACAGAUCUGAUGAUGAACGAUCUUACGGCAGUCGAAUCCGAAAAGACUAAUCUCGAAGAAAAAGUCAGCGCAAUGGAAAAAAUGUAUGAGACUGUAACUAUGUGCGGUGCUUCAUUUAUCGACGAUUUAUCAGCGGAAGAGGUCAAUUUACACGGAAAGCGGGUCAUACGGGAUUAUAUGGCUGGGAUUGUACAUGUACGGGAACAGUUGGCAGCAGCCAGAGAAAGGAGGAAGAGAUGCCUCGAAUUAGUGGACGUCAGACGACUAAAACUUCAGCAGUUUACCCAAUUGUUUACUUGCGAGAAUGAUGCACAACAGGCCAUAAAAUGGUUAGAAGAAUUGCACGAGACAUUGCUCAAGGACUAUAAUCAGAUCGGCACUACAGAAGAGGAUCUCCGAUAUCUGAGGGAGGACCGACUGAAAUUAGAGGAUACCGCUCGAAGUACAUAUGAAUAUGGACGACAACUCUGCCAAGUUGCUUUGGUACUGAGAAGAUCGCUUAGGAUGGAUGUGAAAAAUCAGAUUGGUCUCAACGAGAAGCUGGAGCAAACGUGGGGGCGGCUAUGUAGAGCACUAAGCGAAAACGAAGCGAAAUUGAAUGUGACCGAGGCAUUCAACACAACUGUUGUGGAGGUAAACCACCGAGUCGAUGAACUAGGCCGAAGAGUAGCCGAACUACGAGAUAGUCAACGAAAUCCGGAGCGAUUAUGCGCUGUUGAACGACGUCGCUUAGGAAACGAUAUCCAGGAAUUGCGACAUAUAGCCGAUAUGCUGAUCGCGCAAGUGAAUGCUAAUCACAAUGCCCCCACAGAAGCACGCCAAGCUGCUAUCACAUCUAUUAGAAGAAAAGUAGAUGGUGUAGAUGCGGCACAUAGACGGAUGGAAAGCCUUUUUACUGAAUCCAGUUCGGAGCCGUCCCGAAGCCAGUCGUUGCACAGACUGAACGAACCUCCUCCUCCUCCCCGCACCGAAGACGUAUCUCGCUCCUACUAUCACAUCGCGGACAAUCCCAGAAGAUCCGCUACCCUAAACCGUGGAAAUCACCUAAAUGGAAAUCAUCUUAGUCCAACGAGUGAAACUCGAUCCUGGCGAGCGGAAAUGGCGCGAGAAGCACAUAUAGGAAGUAUUCGGCUCAGCGAUACUGAAAGCUACUUGUAGAUUUGGCCAGUAGUUUUUUUAGCGAAAAGCUAUCACCAGAGAGAUUAGCAGUGAAUGCGCUGUGAUUAAUUUUACUCCAUGUGUUUAUAGCAGUACUGUAGCUCAUCGUAAAAGCGGGAAAUUUAUAGAUUAGUACAGCUUGAUGCACCUUUCAACUGAUAGGUUAGUAUAGAAUCAUCACUUUUUGGAACUCAAGAAAAACGCAAUUAAAUUUCCGAGAUCAAAAGUACGCAAAAUGUAAAUGUUCAUUACUCUAAGUUCUGCAAAAGAUUCCUACCUUAGACAGUACAAUCAGGAUCUACACACCUUUCAUUGUCUUUUCAUUUUUCUGAUGACAAUUCCUUCUUGUGCACUUCCGGUUGUUCAUUUUUUACUUCUUUGAUCUAUUUCUUGCAAUCAAUAAAGAGCUGUU